UAUAUGGUAAAUAAUAAGGUUACAUACCACAGCAAAAACACAAAAUCUAAACACGUACACAUGACAAAUAGUCCGAUUCAACGCCCCAAUUCCGGGCAUGUUCAACCUUCAUUUCCGUGACCACCGGCUUGCAACCUCUCAUACCAUAUAAAAAAAAAAAUCGUUUGCCGUGGUUAGAUUCUCACCAGAGCAUAAUUACAGGGGACAAAAUUACAAGAAACUGUGAUUAUAUCACAAUCUAUAGUAUAAAAACAGUCAAAUGCUUGCUCUGUUUUUUUGAAGGGAAAUGGAAGGGAACCUUAACCGACGGAGUGCACAACAAUGCACACUAUGCUCCUUGUUUCUAGCCAUAAGCUGGCCGUUCUCAUCUUGGCAAGUUUUGGUUGGAAGCUUACCAACUUGUCAACACAAAAGGAACAAACGGCUGAACAAAAGCAAAAACGACAAAACGGCACACUUACCUAGAAAUAAAUGUGCUCUCUGGCGACUAUAUUAUGCCGCCGCUGGUCGCAGAGCACAAUGUGAUAUACGUAAUUAACAACGUUCAACCUUAUUUUUGCCGACUGCAUGCGAAUGCCGGAAGCAGCAUCGCUGUUUCUGUGUUGUUUUCAUCUUUUGUCGGGAUCCUCUGCAGCUGUUUUUUACGUGUUUUCCACGUCAUAAACUAAUUGAUUCUAAUAAUUCGAAUUGUCGAGAGAAGUUUAUGCAUGUAAUUAUGUAUGAUAUUUAACCAGUUACAUGCAGCGGAGCUGGAAUAAGAAAAGGCAAGGUUAUUGGUCGAGGAAUCCUGGCCAACAUUGUUGCGGGGUAUAUACCUAGGAGAAAGCAGCUAGCAUCGCUGGCUCCACUUAAUGCGUACAAAAGGCCUUGUGCAGUAACUGCUAAUAAACAUCCAAUUUCUCUAUACAUAUAGUUACAAGAGGUGGAAGAGUGGUCAAUUUGACUAAACACAAACGAGAAAUAACAGAUAUGGAAGGUUUGGCUGAUGGUACCCCGCUAAAGGAUCUUCAGAAUGGUGAUCACGAUCUUCUCUUCCGACUCGAGAACGUUAUGGACAGAGCGGGGAUCGAGCUUCCAACUGUGGAAGUUCGGUUCGAGCAUCUGAACGUCGAGGGGAAAGCUCGGCCUGCGGGAAGAGCACUGCCUUCACUGUACAACGUUGCAGCUAACAUGUUGGAGGAUUUGUUGAGUUAUCUCCAUAUAAUCGGAAGCAGAAAGAGACAGUUUCCCAUCUUGAAAGAUUUGAGCGGAGUCCUUAAGCCAUCAAGAAUGGUGUUGCUGCUUGGGCCCCCGAGUUCUGGAAAGACAACGUUGUUAAACUCAUUGGCGGGACUUGAAAUGGAUCCUAGUUUAAAGGUUUCUGGUAAGCUGACGUACAAUGGGCACACAACGAGCGAGUUUGUACCUCAGAGAACAGCUGCCUACAUUGGACAGCACGACAACCACAUCGGAGAACUGACUGUUAGGGAAACCCUAGCUUUCUCUGCAAGGUGUCAAGGGACAGGGUUUCUCUCAGAAGUGGUAGAUGAAGUGUUGAGGACAAAGCGACGAGAGAACCUUAAUGUUGACGACGAUGUUCGUAGCGCCGAUAUGGACAUGUUCAUGAAGACUGCAGGACAUGAAGGUCAACGGGCUUCCCUUAUGAUAGACCAUGUUCUAAAGAUUCUAGGGAUGGAGGAAUGUGCAGACACACUAGUAGGGAGCAUAAUGUCGAGGGGGAUAUCCGGUGGACAAAAGAAACGACUUACAAUCGGAGAGAUGCUAGUCGGAGGAGCGAGGGUGAUGCUAAUGGACGAGAUAUCGAACGGGUUGGAUGCCUCGACGACGUUCCAGAUCGUGAACUACAUGAGACGAGCGACCCACGUCCUCAACGGAACUACUCUCAUCUCGCUGCUGCAACCGACGCCGGAGUGUUACCAACUCUUCGACGACGUGCUUCUCCUCUCUCAGGGGCGUAUAGUCUACCACGGCCGACGUGAGGACGCGCUCCGGUUCUUCCACCACUUGGGAUUCACGUGCCCCAGAAGCAAAAACGUACCCGAUUUUCUGCACGAGGUGAUUUCCAAGAAGGACCAACGACAGUAUUGGGCACGAGAUUGUCAGCCUUACCGCUAUUUUACGGUGAAGGAAUUCGCGGAAGCGUAUAGGUCGUUUUCAACGGGAGAAGAAAUGAGAGAAGAAGAGUUGUCUCAGCCGUUUGAUGAUAAGAAGGAAGAACACAGAGCAGCUGGUUUGAGUUUCUUGAAGCAUGGAGCUUCGGAAUGGGAGUUGCUCAAGGCUUGUAUCUCUAGGGAAUUUAUGCUGAUGAAGAGGAAUUCCUAUGUCUACGUCUUUAAGAUCCUUCAGCUCAUCAUAAUGGCAGUGGUUAUUGGGACACUCUUCCUGAGAACCGAGAUGAAAAGAGAGACAGCCAUUGAUGGACUGAUUUACAUGGGCGCAAUGUUCUUCAUUGUGAUCAUGAUUCUGUUCAAUGGGAUGGCUGAUCUAUCCAUCAUGCUUCCAAAGCUUCCCGUGUUCUACAAGCAAAGGAAAUUCAGAUUCUAUCCUCCAUGGGCAUUUUCUCUUCCUCCAUGUUUGCUUCACAUACCAAUCAUCUUCCUCGAGGUUGCUGCUUUCGUUCCCAUUCCUUACUACAUGAUCGGGUUCGAUCCCCAGAUUGCAAGGCUCCUUAAGCAGUACUUUCUGCUGGUACUCGUUAGCCAGAUGUCGGGUUCGAUGUUUCGCUUCAUCGGGUCGAUUGGAAGAAACGAGACGGUUUCCAGCACUCUCAGUGCUUUCAUCCUACUCGUGCUUCUGACUAUGAGUGGAUUUGUUCUUUCUCGAGACAGAAUCAACAAGUUGGGGAUAUGGGGCUACUGGAUCUCUCCUUUCAUGUAUGCUGACAAUGCCAUCUUGGUGAAUGAGUUCCUAGGAGAUAAUUGGAAUCAAGGUGCCAGUUUCAGCACAGGGACAACAUUGGGAACUAAGAUUCUGAAAUUUCGGGGUUUUUUCGCGGAUCCAAAUUGGUAUUGGAUUGGAGUGUUGGCAUUGCUUGCAUUCACGAUCAUAUUCCAACUUGGUUUUGCUCUAGCCCUAACUUUCCUCAACCCAUUUGGAAGGUCUCAGGCUUUCAUUUCUGAGGACUCUGAAGGUGACAAAGGUAGCAACCCUAGCAAAAAUGGCAGUGUAGUAACGUUUGAUACUGUAGCUUUGGAUGAUGAUAAUGUAUCAAGGAAGCAAGGAGUUGUUGUUCUUCCCUUCGAACCACGUUUUGUCACUUUUGAGGACAUAACUUAUGUUUUGGAUACUUCACAGGGGAUGAUCGAGAAAAGUGUCGUUAAAACGAGAUCGACGAUUAUAAAAGGGGUUAGUGGGGCUUUCAGGCCAGGGCUUCUCACAGCUUUGAUGGGAGUCACGGGUGCAGGGAAAACUACAUUGUUAGAUGUACUGGCUGGAAGAAAAACUCGUGGUCAGAUUCAAGGAGAAAUCAGGAUCAAUGGGUACCCGAAGAAGCAGAACACAUUUGCUCGAAUUUCGGGGUACUGUGAGCAGAAUGACAUUCAUUCUCCGUUCGUCACUGUCCAUGAGUCCUUAUUGUAUUCAGCGUGGCUCCGUCUGCCAAGUGAGGUGGAUUUCCAUACCAGAAUGAUGUUUGUUGAAGAAGUCAUUGCACUUGUGGAACUCAACAGCUUGAGGCAUUUGAUAGUCGGUUUGCCUGGCAUAAAUGGCUUGUCGAUCGAGCAACGAAAAAGGCUAACCAUUGCAGUUGAGUUAGUGGCGAACCCUUCCAUAAUUUUCAUGGAUGAGCCGACAUCAGGGUUGGAUGCCAGAGCCGCUGCAAUUGUCAUGAGAACGGUUAGAAAUGCGGUUGAUACGGGAAGAACCAUUGUGUGCACCAUCCAUCAACCAAGUAUGGAUAUCUUUGAGUCGUUUGACCAAUUGUUCCUCUUGAACCAUGGUGGAGAAGAGAUAUACGUUGGACCAAUAGGUCGCAAAUUUUGUCACCUAAUCAAGUACUUUGAGGGAAUCCAAGGAGUGAGUAAAAUAAAAGAUGGCUACAACCCAGCAACUUGGAUGCUGGAAAUUUCCACACCUAGACAAGAGGAAGUCUUAGGAGUUGAUUUUGCAAUGUUAUACAAGAAAUCUGACCUCUACAAGAGAAACAAGGUCAUAAUCAAAGAGUUGAGCAGUCCUGUAGUUGGCUCCAGGGAUCUUUACUUCCCGACUCGAUACCACAGAUCAACAUUCACGCAAUGUGCAGCGUGCUUGUGGAAGUUUCACCUAUCAUACUCGCGUAACCUGCCUUAUACUGGCGUUCGAUUUCUCUUCACAGUGAUCAUAGCCUUCUUAUUUGGGGGAAUAUAUUGGGACCUUGGAGGCAGAAUGGAAACCGAACAGGAUCUAUUCAACGCGAUUGGCUCGAUGUUCACUGCAAUUUUCUCAAUCGGGAUCCAAAAUGCAACCACAGUUCAAUCUGUAGUGGACAUUGAAAGAACUGUUUUCUACAGAGAAAGAGCUGCUAGAAUGUAUGCAGCCUUCCCCUAUGCUUUGUCCCAAGUUUUGAUCGAACUUCCAUACAUGUUACUACAAACAGUGGUUUACUGCAUCAUAGUCUAUCCAAUGAUAGGAUUUGAAUACACCUUGCUCAAGUGCUUUUGGUUCUGGUUCUUCAUGUACUUCACCUUGUUGUACUUCACAUUCUAUGGAAUGAUGACAGUAUCUUUCACACCAAACCAGCAGAUUGGGUACAUCGUUUCCACCGCGUUCUAUGGCCUUUGGAAUCUCUUUGCAGGGUUCAUAAUCCCACAACCAAGAGCUCCUGUAUGGUGGAGAUGGUACUUCUACGUGUGCCCAGUUUCAUGGACAUUCUAUGGAGUUGUUGCAUCACAGUAUGGAGAUGUGAAGACAACUUUCCCAGAUGGGCUAACAGUAGAAGGGUUUGUAAAGUUGUACUUUGGAUUUGAACAUCAUUUCGUAGGAGUCGUUGGCAUCGUAGUUGUAGGUUUCGGAGUGUUGUUCAUUUCUAUCUUCUCUAUGUGCAUUAUGCUGCUCAAUUUUCAAAAGAGGUGAUUUAAUGAACCUUAAUGUAGCUA